CACAGUGUCAGCGGCUGAUGUUCCAGACGGACUCUUCACGCAGACGGACCGGAGGCGCUGCGCUUGAAAAAUAAACCGCCAGCAGCAAAUCCAGGAAACUCUUAGAAAGUUAAAAAACAAAACAAAACAUCUGAAAAUGAAGUUUCGAGCCAAAAUCAUCGACAUCGGCUGCCUGAACCACCUCACCCGCGUGGUGACGACCAUCUCCAAGCUGACGAAGACGUGCGUCCUGCGUCUGACUGCAGACAACCUGUUCUUCGUUCUGUCUGGGAAAGUGGCCAACGGAGGAGUCAGCAUGUGGUGUGAGCUGUCCCAGGUCAACUUCUUCGACGAGUACCAGAUGGAGGGCGUGUCCUCGGAGGCCAACGAGAUCUGCCUGGAGGUGACGGCGGAGAAUCUGUCCAGGGCUCUGAAGACCGUGCAGAACUCCAAGGUCGUCAAGGUCAAACUGACCAAGAAACACUGUCCCUGCCUCACGGUGGCCGCCGAGCUGCCGACUCUGUCCAGCGUCAGCCGAGUGGUGACUCACGACGUUCCGGUCGAUGUUAUUCCCAGAAGACUGUGGCACGAGUUCAAAGAGCCCAGCAUGCCGGACUUUGAUGUCAGUAUUUACCUGCCUCCUCUGAAAACCAUGAAGAAUGUCGUGGACAGGAUGAAGAACCUCUCCAACUUCCUGGUAAUAGAAGCCAACCUGAAUGGAGAGAUGAACCUGAAGAUUGAGACAGACCUGGUGUCUGUCACCACUCACUUCAGAGACCUGGGCAACCCUCCCUGGGGUGGUGAGGGGUCCCAGGACGGGGGUCGGUCUCAGGGCAGGGACCCGGACUCGAUGGCCCACGCCAGAGUGGACAUCAGGAAGCUGCAGCAGUUCCUCACAGGGCAGCAGGUCAACCCCAGCAAGGCCAUGUGCAAUAUCGUCCACAAGAGGAUCGUCCACCUGAUUCUGCUGCAUGAAGACGCCUCGCUGCAGUACUUCAUCCCCGCCGUGGCCUAGACGCUCCACAGUCCUCAGCAACAAGUUUCCCCAACAGUCGGCUCGGGGGCACAAAACACGCCGCCAGCCUGUUUCUGGUGGUCGCCCUCAUGACAAGAGGUUUCCUGUUGAUCUGGGAUACCGUUCAGACUGGGUAUCUACCUACCUGGAUAUCUUGGGUGGACAGACACACCUGGUGUUAUCAUGCGUCCCCUGUAGCUUCGUCUUUCCCCUCUUUCCCUCCUCUGAUCCCUCUCUUUUUUUAUUACUUUCCCCUGAGAUGCAUGUUAAAACUGAGGUGUGAACAGGCUCUGGGAGUCUCUGCACUGCCCCUAAUGACUGUGUAUACGUACUGUACAUCCAGUGGCUCAGUGCUGCUGCUGGAUGCUGAGUCCUGGGAUUCACUUUGGACCAGGUGUACUGUGAAUUUCAAAGCAAGUUUGAAGUAGUUUCAGGUAUUGACUGCAGGUAUUUAUACCCAGAAGAACAGAGGACUUUCAAUUAAGGCUGCAACUAAUGUUUAUUUCCAUUGCCAACUGAAUCUGGCCAUUUUUUGAGUAAUCAGUAAAAUAGCUGCUCUGUAAAGUGUGAAAAAUAAAGCCAAAGUCUCGUGUUAAAUGA